CCCACUCCAAGAACCAAACUUCUCGAGCAAUGGCGACGGUGGCGAUGAUGGUAGGCUCUAAAGCUUCUCCGGUUGGUUUGGAUCUGAACGCGGCGGAGGAAGAGGAUCUGUACAGCCGGUUGAAAUCGCUUCAGCGGCAGCUCGAGUUCAUCGAUAUUCAAGAGGAGUAUGUGAAAGACGAGCAGAAGAACCUGAAGCGAGAGCUGCUUCGCGCUCAGGAAGAGGUAAAACGGAUCCAAUCGGUGCCGCUGGUGAUCGGUCAGUUCAUGGAGAUGGUGGAUCAGAACAACGGAAUCGUCGGAUCCACCACUGGUUCCAAUUACUACGUCAGGAUUCUCAGCACCAUCAACAGAGAACUCCUCAAGCCCGCCGCUUCCGUUGCUCUUCACCGCCACUCCAACGCCCUAGUUGAUGUCUUACCCCCUGAAGCCGAUUCAAGCAUUUCCCUUCUCAGCCAAUCCGAGAAGCCUGACGUCACCUACAAUGAUAUUGGAGGAUGCGACAUCCAAAAACAGGAAAUUCGCGAGGCAGUCGAAUUACCUCUUACUCAUCACGAAUUGUACAAACAAAUUGGCAUCGACCCUCCUCGUGGUGUCUUGCUCUUUGGACCCCCUGGCACUGGAAAGACUAUGUUGGCCAAAGCUGUUGCUAACCAUACUACAGCUGCCUUCAUUAGGGUUGUUGGUUCUGAGUUUGUUCAGAAGUAUCUGGGUGAGGGACCUCGGAUGGUCCGUGAUGUCUUUCGUCUUGCUAAGGAGAAUGCCCCAGCUAUCAUCUUCAUCGAUGAGGUUGAUGCUAUUGCUACAGCUAGGUUUGAUGCUCAAACGGGAGCUGAUAGAGAAGUUCAGCGGAUCCUCAUGGAACUAUUGAAUCAGAUGGAUGGAUUUGAUCAGACAGUGAAUGUCAAGGUCAUAAUGGCAACCAAUAGAGCAGACACACUGGAUCCUGCCCUCCUGCGUCCGGGGAGGCUUGAUCGUAAGAUUGAGUUCCCCCUGCCUGAUAGACGCCAAAAAAGGCUUGUUUUCCAGGUAUGCACCUCGAAAAUGAACCUGAGUGAUGAGGUUGACCUGGAGGACUACGUUUCCAGGCCUGAUAAAAUCAGUGCUGCCGAGAUAGCAGCUAUAUGCCAAGAAGCCGGGAUGCAUGCGGUGCGUAAAAACAGGUAUGUGAUACUGCCAAAGGAUUUCGAGAAGGGUUACCGUUCCAACGUUAAGAAGCCAGACACAGACUUCGAGUUCUACAAGUGAAGAGUUGGAUUUCAGGCGAUGUCUCAGUUUGUAAGCUAUGUUUAUGGCCAAGCGUGAAAGUCCGAGGAGGAAACAGAUCUAAUUUCUUUAGGUGUUGUUAAUGUUUUGAGUGAGAGCUUGAGCCUCCCAUCCCAUGUACGAAUUGACGUUAUCUGGGUUGGGUUCAGUACGGUUAUUUCAAUUUUAGAAAAAUCAUAACUAUUUAUAUCGAGUUAGAUUCGGUUUGGAUGCAGUUUUUGGGUUUGUAGAGAAUCAAGAUCAAUUGGUUCUUAGAAUUCAAAUCAAUUCGGUUUAACC